CAAUUCGUCUAUCGAAGUUAUUCAAACAUAAUAUGUACCAUACUGAACGCAACAGUUUAUUUUUUGAUUACUGAUUAUUUUUAGUUUUAUGACGGCAUAAUACUUUCCACUCCAUUCCACUACACGAUGAUACUAUGCGGGAGUCAGUUGUAGACACUGCAAGCUCUAUAACUGAAAACUGAAUCAUUGAUAAUGAAGUCACACUUACAUAAAUAAGCUUAUUUAAAAAAAUCUGAGAUGGAUAUCUGAGUGAAGUGCAUAUUUUUUUGUGAAAAUACCGGUUUUGACAGUGUUCUAUAAUUUGGUCAAGGAAAAGUGAUAUUAGAUAGAAAUACGUAUUUAGAAAGUAUUGGAUACAAAAGUCAAAGUUGUGUCAAAGUACUGUCAAAGUAUAAAGACGUAUUUAAAAAGUUCUUUCCAAAACUUUAAACAUUUCGAAGUUCUAAACCUUUUUGAAGGAUCAGACAGGCUGCCGACGAGUUUGUACAACAUCGAAUAUCUCAAAAAUAGGUAUACAUUUCGUGGGGCAGAAAAGUAAGUUAAAAAAAACAAUUAUAAAGAGGACCGAUGGAGAAAAACAAUUAAAAUGAAAUGCAGUCUCAGCUUUAAAGAAGUUCCUGAACAUUUUAAAGACUGAAGAGCUGUGUUAUUAAUAAUCUCUCAAAAUGGACCUUUUCGCCGAUUUCAAAGAAGAAAUGUCAGGCGAUAAUUACAAAAUUAGAUACGGAACUAAAAUACAACGGACAGGAAAAAUUUUUUCGUACACAUUUUGGAGGACUGAGUGUGAAGGUGAAGUGUUUUGGAGUGUGCAAGGGAACAACUACGAUGGAUCAGCUUUUAUAAUUACACAGUACUUUGGACCUGAAGAAGAGGCCAAAAGGUACCAACAAGAAAUCACACUGCAUCAUCCGGAAGAGAAGAAGAUAAAAAUGAUCUACUAUGCGUCAUGUGUGAAUGGCAUGAACUGUAUAAAUAUAUCUCGGACAAUAGUGAAUCAUUUCAAAGACAAACAAAAUGUGCUCCAUUUCGAAUAUCGGAUAGUGAAACUAAAAAGGCGGCCGUAUCCACAUCGAAUGUUGUAAAAUAUUUGUAAAUAUAUAAUUUUUUAUGUU